GCGCAUGUGCGUGCAGGGUCGGCCACAUAAAGUUGCGUUUGAAACCAACUAGAGGAGAAAGUGAGUUAUUAAACCCCCCAACUUCGAGUCUGCAUCGGUCCUGACUCUACCAGCUGCUCCACCUGACCCGAGGCCUGCACUGCGAAACAACCCAGACCUCCGCGGUCCCGUUAAGCGCCUGUUUUAAACUCGCCUCCCCAGGUGUGUGUGAUGCAGUACUGCAGUACUCGGGGUGGGGUCCACGGAUGGGACUUCAAGGAGGUGCUGUUCUCCGGUUUCGCUCCGGACGGGGGGAUGUUCAUGCCUGAGAGUGUUCCUGUGCUGAGCCCGGAGACCCUACGGAGCUGGGGGGCGCUGAACUACACAGAGCUGGUGGUGGAGGUGUCCUCACUGUUCAUCCCCGUCCAGCUGAUCCCCAGGGAGGACCUGGAGGGGUUAGUGGGUGACGCCCUGCACGGCUUCUCAGUGCCCGAGGUGGUGAGGGUGGCCCGGCUGAAGGGCGGUCUGUCUGUCCUGGAGCUUUUCCACGGAGACACCUUAGCCUUCAAGGACCUGGCUAUGACUUGCACGGUGCGCUUCGUGGACUACUUCCUGCAGAAACAGAAGCGCAGAGCUACAGUCAUAGUAGGUACAUCAGGAGACACCGGGGGCUCGGCCAUCCAAAGUGCGAAAGGUCUCAGGGGGUUGGAUGUGCUGGUGGUUUAUCCCCGAGGACGCGUCACUCCAGUCCAGGAGAAACACAUGAUCACCUGCCUGGAGGAGAACGUCCACGUGUUUGCAGCCGACGGCAGCUCGGACGACAUCGACCAGCCUCUGCGCCGCCUGUUUGCAGACCAGGAUCUGGUCCGGGCUCACGGCCUGAUGAGCCUGAACUCCGUCAACUGGUCCAGAGUCAUGGUCCAGCUGGCACACUUCAUCUAUGCUUACCUGCAGCUCAGCGGGGUGAAGCAGGUGGACGGAGAGCUGCCCGAGCUGGAGGUGGUGGUGCCCACUGGGGGGGCGGGGAACAUCGCAGCUGGCUUCAUCGUGAAGCAGAUGGGACUGCCCCUGAAGCUGGUGGCCAUGGUGAACUCUAAUGACAUCGUGCACAGGACGGUCACCCGGGGGGACUUCUCCAUGGCGACUGAUGUCACACAAACGUUAGCGCCCGCCAUCGACAUCCAGGACCCGUACAACAUGGAGCGGGUGUUCUGGCUGCUGCUGGGCCGAGACGGAGCGCCAGUGAAGAAGAUGAUGGAGGAGUUCCAACAAUCGCAUCGUCACUCCCUGCCAGAAAACCACCGCAAACUGCUGUCACAGGUGUUGUCCACCGGAUCAGUAAGUGAUGAAGGCAUCCUUGAGACCAUGAGGAAGUGCUGGGAGGACAACCAGUAUGUCCUCUGUCCUCACUCUGCUGUGGCUGUAUGGCAUCACUACCACUGUUCCCACAGCGCCACCAUCAACAGGUGUUACAUCGCCACAGCGUCUCCAGCCAAGUUCCAGGCGGCCGUGCAGAGGGCUGGCCUGACCUUUGACCUCCCGGAGGCCGUGCUGGCAUUGGACAAGUUGGCCACCCGGUUCCAGAACCUGGAGCGGAGCCCGGACUGGUGCAAGGACUGGGAGGACCGCCUGAGAGAGAAAAUCCAGUCUGUGAGCUCAUCCAGGAAAAACUGAGGGACUUAAUGAAGCUGAGCAGAUGUUCUCCCAUUCACACAUUUCUAUCUCACCACUAGCACCCCUCCCAUAAGGGGCGUUCACUCCCCAGCUAUCGCCUUCGUCUCUAUCUCCACAAGCCAAUCAGAGCGCAUCGUUAAAUCUGCUGUCUCUCCUCCUGACAGCUGUCAUUUCAGGUGACUCGACGAAGCCCUCCUCAUAUCCAGGGCUCACGUAAAGCUCCCCUCAAGACCGGAUCUCCAUCAAUUCCUUCAUCCCUCCACCGCCACCAGUGGGGGGGUUCUCCCAUCAUGCUCAGUGGGGUCUGAUGGCCAAACACUGUUUAAUUCAUCUCAGCAAUAAAAUCAAAACAAAGUCUCUCCUGUUUGAACUACAGCUGAAGAAAUGUGUAACUGGUGUGUGUAAGGGUGUGUCAGCUGGUCCUUGAUCUGUGGGCUUCGUUAUCUGGAUGUAGUAAAUGAUGGAGAGGGGAGAGGCCCCAUCGAUGGACUUUGGUGUGUAGUGUCGUAUGAUUUGUCCUUGUAUAGUGAUGUCAUCAAAGACAAACCAAUCACGAUGCUGAAUCCUUCCGCAACUUUACUACAAUUGCGUUGAAUGAUGACAAAUAAAGUCAGAUUUUCACUCUUA